AUGUCGACAGUCAUCCUGAUGCUCUCGCGCCGUUUGGCCAUGUGGCCCGAGAUUCGACGUCCACAUGCGCCCCCAAGCGUAUUCGGCCGCACCAUACCGCCCGCGCGCACCGUCUCCAACACCGCCAACGCCUUCCUGCCAGAACCCAAAGAGUUCAAGGUCCUGCUCGACAACCAGACCCUGUACAUCACCGAAGACCUCGCCACGGCGCUGGGCUGGACGCCCGCGGGCAGCGCCGCGAGCACGCAGCUGUCGUUGAGCGGCUGGGCCCCCCACUACUUCGCCAUCACACCCGCCGGGACCGCCAGCGAUCGUCUCGCCCGAGCGACGGUGGCGAGCAGCCGCAGCCCUAACGCCAAAGUCGUGCUCGACUACCUGAAGGAUCGGUGA